UCAAUUGGAUCAAUCAUCAUUCAGUUUAAUGAUCCAAAAUGGAUGAUGUAUCAUCAUUGAAUAGUGAUCGUUCUAAACGAUUAUCUGUUAUAUCAAAAAGAACAACCAAGUCCGAUACAUCAUUACCGUUGUCAAAUUCACAGAUUUUAAAACCUGAAAAUAUACCCGUCGACCUACUUUUACAAGAAGCUGCCAUGAAAAAUGAUGUGACGGCAGUUAAACAGUUGAUUGGUUUGGAUAUCGAUUUGAAUAAAAAAUCACAGCUUGGUCGAUCGCCAAUCCAUUGGGCCAUCAUCAACAAUAAUACUGAAAUAGUAGCUUUGUUGAUCAGAGCAAAAUGUGAUAUCGAAGCUUCGGAUAAAUUCGAAAUGAAACCAAUUUUGAUGGCCGCCAUGGUCGGUAAUCUAGAGAUGGUUAAAAUGUUAAUCGAAGCUGGUUGUAAUUGUCGUGUCAUGAACAAGAAACAUCAAACCGUAUUACAUUGUGCAGUAAAACAUGAUCAAAAUGAAAUAUUAGCAUUUUUACUUGACAAUGUGACUGAUAUCAAUAUCAACGCUGUGAAUGAGUCAUGGCAAACUAGUCUAAUGAUGGCUUGUAUCAAUAAUAAUCUGGAGAAUGUGGACAAAUUAAUUUCGGCUGGAGCCGAUGUCAACAUGAAAGACAAAGUAAACAAAGAAUUGAAAAUAUUGUCUAAAAUAUAUCUAAUUUUUAUUUUGAUUCAACAGCAAGGUAGAACAGUAGCACAUUGGGCAAGUUUCAAAGGAUAUCAUCAAAUUUUAGAUCGUGUUCUCAAAGCUGGUGUCAAAGCCGAUGAAAGAGAUCAAGAUGGUAAAACUGCUCUACAUUUAUCUGCCGAAUAUGGUUUCGAAAAAACAUUGAAAACAUUAAUCGAACAUAAUUGUGAUAUUUUCAUAACCGAUACGAAAGGACGAACAGCAUUGAUGAUUGCGGCUGCAUUAGGUUAUCUAGAAGUGGUGUCCAUAUUGAUUGAACAUGGUGCCAAUCCAAAUUGUAAAGAUAAAAAUGGUAAUACCGCAUUACAUCUAUGUGUUAUGGGCAAUCAUUCUCGUGUAGCACAAUUUUUGAUACGUAACAAAGCCGAAAUCAAUGCUUAUAACAAUCGAAAACAAACUCCUUUGGUGAUAGCAGCCGAGCUUGGCCAUACUGAAGUUGCCGAAGUAUUAAUCAAUCACAAAGCAGAUUUGUUUGCCACUGAAAAGAGUGGUAGAACAGCUCUUUAUAUUGCAUCGCGUGGAAGUUUUCAAGCCUUGGUCGAUAUGCUCAUUAAAGCAGAACGUGAACAAUUUUUCAAACUAGAUUCCAAUAAUCAACCGAUUCAAUCAACAAUUGAAAAACAAACAUCAUAUGAAUUGCCAACAGAAUUGGAGAAUCAAGAAAGUGCACGAUUAGGACAUAUUCGUAAAAUGUUAUAUCAUCUAUCUAGACAUCAUCUAGAAUCGAAUGAUUGGAAAAAAUUGGCACGAUUCUGGAACUUUACUGAAGAACAAAUUAAAGCAAUCGAACAUCAAUAUACGGGUAAAACUAGCUAUAAAGAUCAUGCAUAUCGAAUGCUAUUAAUAUGGUUACAUGGAUUAUCAUCAAGUAAAGAUCCAAUGAAUGAACUAUAUGAUGCAUUGAUAUAUAUCAAUAAAAGUGAUGUAGCUGAAAAGAUACGAAAAAAAGCGGAAGAAGAUAGCUUCUAUCAUUAUAGCCGUUAUAAAUGUCGUUGUCUACCAGGGAUACCAUCAACUGUUUGUCAUUAUUGCUCCAUUACGUGAUCCAUUCAAACUUGUUGCUUGUUUUUUGGACAAUUUUUUUUCCUGUUAUUUU